UUUGAACAGGCACUCCUUUCAAAACAUGCACAGCAGACGCACGUAUUUUAACGGUGACUGAGAAAUCUGCAGAAACCUAAUGAACUUUAAAUGUAAACCUGAAAGGGUGGAGGCCGGUACGUGUCGUGUUCUUCAUGGUAGUUUCAUUUACUAAGAUUUGUAUGUAUGGCUAUGGUAUAAUUACAAAGGAGAUUUCGUCACCGAGGCGUUAUGAUUAGGACAAGACACCCAAGCCCUAAUUAAACCAUUGAGGUUUCACCUCCCCCCCCCCAACAAGGGACUUUCUUCUUUUGCAUCACCUUUUGUUCCUUGAUAUUUAAAUAUUCCCCUUUGGAACUCCAUUCCCUCUUCUUCAAUUUCAACAGUGAAAGAGCUCACAUACACUAGAUCUCUUAGAUCUUACCUUCAACAGUCAAUUCCUUCAUACCCUACUGCCUAUCACCGAGAGAAAUUGACCACUCCUUUACAUUGAACACAAUGAUUUCUCUUCUGGCACUUCUUCCUUUUCUUCAAUUCACUGUGUGUAUUCCUGUUCAGGAUGCCACACAAUACUCUCUUUGCAGUAAUGCAAAGGUCAUUGCGUCAGAUGCCAUGAACUACCGUUCAAGUGAUGGUACCUUUGAGUCAGCUUACUGGUGGCAGGCUGGUGAGGCCUACAACUCCCUUUUGAACUACCAGCACAUCUGUGGGGACACACAAUUCGAAGACGACAUAUACAACGGCAUGAUGGCCCAGGUCGGGUCUGAUUUCAACUUCCAACCAGAGGAACACGUUUGGGAGAUUGGUAAUGACGACAUUGGUACAUGGGCUUUGGCUGCUAUGCAAGCAGCAGAAUCUGGGUUCAAACAGCCAAACGAUUCCACCACUUGGGCAGACGUUGCCCGCAAUUCCUUCGAUCUCUUGUACAGCCGCUGGGACAGCUCUACUUGUGGAGGUGGUAUCAGAUGGCAGUUCGAUUCUUCGAAAAGUGGGUGGUCAUACAAGGCCACCAUUGCAAACGGUAACUUGUUCCAACUGGGUGCAAGAUUGGCCAGAUAUACCGGUGACAGCUCCUACAUUACAAAAGCGAAGACUGUUUAUAACUGGAUCGGCUCUGCAAAUUUGUUUUCCGAAUUGCAGUACGGAACAGAAGUCUACGAUGGCUUCAACGUUGAGGACUGUUCUGAUAUCACAAAGGUUCUUUGGACUUACAAUUAUGGUAUUCUUCUCAGCGGCUGUGCGUACAUGAACCAAGUUACUGGUGACUCAGAAUGGCAAGACCGUGUCUCAAACAUCAUUCUUGGUUCGCAGGCUCUGUACAACAACACCAUUCUGAACGAAAGGGCGUGUGAGGUUUAUAGUACGUGUAACCAGGACCAGAGAAUCUUUAAAGGUAUUUACUUGCGCUCCCUAGGUCAGGCAUCCAGACUGUUGAGCAGUCUGAGACAGACAAUCAUCGACCUGGUGAGUCCAAGCAUCAAUGGCGCCGUCCACGCUUGUACUGGAGGUGCCAGCGGCCACGAAUGUGGUAUGAAAUGGACCAUUAACGGAUUCGAUGGAUCUUACGGUAUGCAGGAGCAGAUCAGUGCACUUGAGGUUAUGCUCACAACCAUUGCACAUCUGAGUAGCGCUAUGGACACCGCAGACUAAACAACUGUGAACCCAUAAUCGGAAUACAACCUCGGCUCCGUACUCUUUGACGAACCACAGGAACACUCACUUU